CUGUCUCCCUGGCCCAGGGCCAGCGUCCCAGCCCCCCUCGCCGCCGGCGCGCUCCAGCCAGGGAAAACAACUGCUCACUUCUCCCUGCGUCCUCCCCGCGCGCUCCCUGCUUCCCGGCGGCCGCGGGAGAGGAGCCCGGCCAGGGGGAGGCGCGGAGCGGGCCGGCCGCCCGGCCUUCCUCUCCCCUCGCUCCUCCUCUCCGCCUCCACUUGCUCCGGCCUCCUCGCUCCUGCCUCAGUUCGGGGCCUGGCUGGGUUUCUCCCGGCCAGGGAAGUUUUCUUCGCUCUACUCGCGGGGCGGCUUCCGUCGCUCUCCCUCGCAGCGGGGAUCCCGGCCGCUCCUGCUGUCCCCUCCCUGCCCUCGGCCUCGGCUUCUCCCCCCCACUCCCCACCCCCGCUUUGCCCUCUGCAACCCUCUCCCGGGCUCCCAGCUCUUGAUCCCCAGCCCGGGCUCCCCCACCCCCGCCCCCCGUCACCUCCCCGGGGUCGUGCGGCCCCGGAUGCCCGGGCCCCGAGGGGCUGCCCGCGGCCUGGCCCCUGCGAUGCGCCGGGCCGGGACAUCGGGGCUGCUGGCGCUGCUGCUGCUGGCGCUGCUGGGCCCGGGCGGCGGGGCCAAGGGGGGGCCGGCCGGUGAGCGGGGCACGGGCGGGGGCGGGGCGCUGGCCCGCGAGCGCUUCAAGGUGGUCUUUGCGCCCGUGAUCUGCAAGCGGACCUGUCUGAAGGGCCAGUGUCGGGACAGCUGUCAGCAGGGCUCCAAUAUGACGCUCAUCGGAGAGAACGGCCACAGUACCGACACGCUCACCGGCUCUGGCUUCCGCGUGGUGGUGUGCCCUCUGCCCUGUAUGAACGGUGGCCAGUGCUCCUCCCGAAACCAGUGCCUGUGCCCCCCGGACUUCACGGGGCGCUUCUGCCAGGUGCCUGCUGCAGGAACUGGAGCCGGCACCGGCAGCUCAGGCCCCGGACUGGCCCGGACUGGGGCCAUGUCCACAGGCCCGCUGCCGCCCCUUGCUCCAGAAGGCGAGUCUGUGGCUAGCAAACACGCCAUCUACGCGGUGCAGGUGAUCGCGGAUCCUCCUGGGCCGGGGGAGGGACCCCCUGCCCAACACGCAGCUUUCUUGGUGCCCCUGGGGCCAGGACAAAUCUCAGCAGAAGUGCAGGCUCCGCCCCCCGUGGUGAACGUGCGUGUCCAUCACCCUCCUGAAGCUUCCGUUCAGGUGCACCGCAUAGAGGGGCCGAAUGCAGAGAGCCCAGCCUCCUCCCAGCUCCUGCUGCCGCAUCCCAAGCCCCCUCACCCGAGGCCGCCCACCCAAAAGCCACUGGGCCGCUGCUUCCAGGAUACACUGCCCAAGCAGCCCUGUGGCAGCAACCCUUUGCCCGGCCUCACCAAGCAGGAAGAUUGCUGUGGGAGCAUCGGUACUGCCUGGGGACAAAGCAAGUGUCACAAGUGCCCACAGCUCCAGUAUACAGGGGUGCAGAAGCCGGGACCUGUACGUGGGGAGGUGGGUGCUGACUGCCCCCAGGGCUACAAGAGGCUCAACAGCACCCAUUGCCAGGACAUCAAUGAAUGUGCAAUGCCCGGCAUGUGUCGCCAUGGAGACUGCCUCAACAACCCUGGCUCUUAUCGCUGCGUCUGCCCACCCGGUCAUAGCCUGGGCCCCUCACGGACACAGUGCAUUGCCGACAAACCAGAGGAGAAAAGCCUGUGUUUCCGCCUGGUGAGCACCGAACACCAAUGCCAGCAUCCUCUGACCACACGCCUCACUCGCCAGCUCUGCUGCUGCAGUGUGGGUAAAGCGUGGGGGGCACGCUGCCAGCGCUGUCCAGCAGACGGUACAGCCUUCAAGGAAAUCUGCCCAGCUGGGAAGGGGUACCAUAUCCUCACCUCCCACCAGACGCUCACCAUCCAGGGUGAAAGCGACUUUUCCCUUUUCCUGCACCCCGACGGACCACCCAAACCCCAGCAGCUCCCUGAAAGCCCCAGCAGAGCACCGCCACCUGAAGACACAGAGGAAGAGAGAGGAGUGACCAUGGACCCACCAGUGAGUGAGGAGCGCUCAGUACAGCAGAGUCACCCCAUUGCCACCACCUCACCUGCCCGGCCUUACCCAGAGCUGAUCUCUCGCCCCUCCCCGCCCACCUUGCACCGGUUCCUGCCAGACUUGCCCCCGUCCAGAAGUGCGGUGGAGAUCGCCCCGACUCAGGUCACAGAGACGGAUGAAUGCCGAUUGAACCAGAACAUCUGUGGCCACGGACAGUGUGUGCCUGGCCCUUCCGACUACUCCUGCUACUGCAACCCGGGCUACCGGUCACAUCCGCAGCACCGCUACUGCGUUGAUGUGAAUGAGUGCGAGUCGGAGCCGUGUGGCCCCGGGAAAGGCAUCUGCAUGAACACUGGGGGCUCCUAUAAUUGUCACUGCAACCGAGGCUACCGCCUCCACGUGGGCGCAGGGGGACGCUCGUGCGUGGACCUGAACGAGUGCGCCAAGCCUCACCUGUGCGGCGACGGUGGCUUCUGCAUCAAUUUCCCGGGUCACUAUAAAUGCAACUGCUAUCCCGGCUACCGGCUCAAAGCCUCCCGACCGCCCGUGUGUGAAGACAUCGACGAGUGUCGCGACCCUAGCACCUGCCCCGAUGGCAAAUGUGAAAACAAACCUGGCAGCUUUAAGUGCAUCGCCUGCCAGCCCGGCUAUCGCAGCCAGGGGGGCGGGGCCUGUCGUGACAUCAACGAGUGCUCCGAGGGCAGCCCCUGCUCUCCCGGAUGGUGCGAGAACCUUCCUGGUUCCUUCCGUUGCACGUGCGCCCAGGGAUACGAGCCCGCGCCGGACGGCCGGAGUUGCGUGGACAAAGAUGAGUGUGAGGCUGGGAAUGUGUGCGACAAUGGCGUCUGUACGAACACUCCAGGCUCCUUCCAGUGCCAGUGCCUCUCUGGCUAUCAUCUGUCCAGGGACCGGAGCCAUUGUGAGGACAUUGAUGAAUGUGACUUCCCUGCGGCCUGCAUUGGGGGUGACUGCAUCAAUACCAAUGGUUCCUACAGAUGUCUUUGUCCCCAGGGACAUCGUCUGGUGGGCGGCAGGAAGUGCCAAGACAUAGACGAGUGCAGCCAGGACCCAGGGCUGUGCCUGCCCCACGGGGCCUGUGAGAACCUGCAGGGCUCCUAUGUCUGUGUCUGUGAUGAGGGCUACACACUCACCCAGGACCAGCAUGGGUGUGAGGAGGUGGAGCAGCCGCACCACAAGAAGGAGUGCUACCUUAACUUCGACGACACCGUGUUCUGCGACAGUGUGUUGGCCACCAAUGUCACACAGCAAGAGUGCUGCUGCUCUCUGGGAGCUGGCUGGGGGGACCACUGCGAAAUCUACCCCUGUCCGGUCUACAGCUCAGCUGAGUUCCACAGCCUCUGCCCUGACGGAAAGGGAUACACACAGGACAACAACAUCGUGAACUACGGCAUUCCAGCCCACCGCGACAUCGACGAGUGCAUACUGUUCGGGGCAGAGAUCUGCAAGGAGGGCAAGUGUGUGAACACGCAGCCCGGGUACGAGUGUUACUGCAAGCAAGGCUUCUACUACGACGGCAACCUGCUGGAGUGUGUGGACGUGGAUGAGUGCUUAGAUGAGUCCAACUGCAGGAACGGAGUGUGUGAGAACACGCGCGGCGGCUACCGAUGCGCCUGCACGCCGCCCGCAGAGUAUAGCCCCACGCAGCGCCAGUGUCUGAGCCCAGAGGAGAUGGACGUGGAUGAGUGCCAGGAUCCGGCUGCUUGCCGCCCUGGCCGCUGCGUCAACCUCCCGGGCUCCUACCGCUGCGAAUGUCACCCACCCUGGGUGCCCGGGCUCUCCGGCCGCGACUGCCAGCUCCCUGAGAGCCAGGCGGAGCACACCCCAGAGCGACGUGAAGUGUGCUGGGGCCAGCGAGGAGAGGAUGGCAUGUGUAUGGGGCCCCUGACCGGACCUGCCCUCACUUUUGAUGACUGUUGCUGCCGCCAGGGCCGUGGCUGGGGCACCCAGUGCAGACCAUGCCCGCCACGUGGCACCGGGUCCCAGUGCCCGACUUCACAGAGUGAGAGCAAUUCUUUCUGGGACACGAGCCCCCUGUUACUGGGGAAGUCUCCGCGAGACGAGGACAGCUCGGAAGAAGAUUCAGAUGAGUGCCGCUGUGUGAGCGGCCGCUGUGUGCCGCGGCCAGGCGGGGCGGUGUGCGAGUGUCCGGGCGGCUUUCAGCUGGACGCCUCCCGCGCCCGCUGUGUGGACAUCGAUGAGUGCCGAGAGCUGAACCAGCGGGGGCUGCUGUGCAAGAGCGAGCGGUGUGUGAACACCAGCGGCUCCUUCCGCUGUGUCUGCAAAGCUGGCUUCACGCGCAGCCGCCCUCACGGGGCCUGCGUGCCUCAGCGCCGCCGCUGACGGCACUAGCCUGCACCUACCUUGCUGAUGAUCGUCGAGGGAGUUUCUACUGACAGUGGAGACAAGUAUAUCCCUGUCCAAAUCAGAGAUGGACCCAAGGGCCCUCUGGGGCCCACAGAUCUCCUUCCUGCACCCCAACACCCAAGGGUGCUCCUGUCUGCAGAGUGCUGUCUGCUUUCCUCCCUGAGGAUGAUCCCUAGAAACUGCGAAGUCAGAUCUGCCCCUUUAAUUUACUCUUGGCUUUCAAAGCAAAUUUAUAUUCACAUCCCAAAGUGGUUGGAAUGGCAGCACAGGAGCCACUGCUUGGGAGGGGCUAGGCUGAGCUGGAACCCAGGAUGUGAAAUAGAAUUUAUUGUGGCUCUGAUUAUGUACACUAGAUGUGCCUGGCCUGGUGACCAGGCUCACAUGGUUUGUACAAUAAAUACAUCCGCCAGG